AUGGAGAACGAGUGGAACGUGCUUGUUUCGUCGUUGCAGGAUCUAUAUAAUGCGAAUGAGGUGACCAGUUUCGGCAAGUUGCAAUUGGGUCCGAUAGACGCGAUUCCAGCGGCGGACCUGCAGAGCACGCUGACCACUGUGCAGGAGCAUCUGGAGAACGUCCGCAGGGGACAACGUCUGCUAUCCACCGUGGAGACGAAACUGCAAGGUAUCUUGGACUCCACGGCGCACGGCGUCAAUCUGUCCGCAAUGGCGCAGGGCCCACCGGGGAAACAGUACUGGUGCAGCGACUUCAACCCAACGGUGGGCAUCGACGUUGGUGCGGAGGUGGCCUACAAGCCGGGCAAACCCUCCGUCGAUGGCGAGUGGAUCCAGUGUGUCGUGCAAGGUGUAUCGCCGGACGGUCUAAAGUUCGAGAUUGUGGACCCAGAGCCGGACGAGUUUGGGAACGCGAACAAGACUUUCAAGUGUAACUGGAAGGAGAUCAUCUUAAUCCCACCGGAGUCCCAAAUAAAAGACCUUGGGGAGUACCCUCGGUCGACAAAAGUACUGGCAAGAUAUCCAGAAACGACAACUUUCUACCCUGCCGUCGUGGUGGGGACCAACAAGAAACACCGCGAAACGUGCAGGCUACGGUUUGACGGUGAGGAAGAAGUCGGGAAAGAAAACGCAAGUCGCCAGAAACCUCGUGCUGCCUUGUCCCAUGGUCUCGUCGGCCCCAACACGGCACUGAGACAGGAGGGCAAGCGGUGCCACCGCUGUCUUUGA